AUGUCUCUCGCCCUCUGGUUCCUCCCUCGGCAAUCUUCCCCCUUCACCAAAACCGCCCAAGAACUCAUCUCCGAAACAAUCCCCAACAUCUUCCUCUCCCCAACCCAACAAAUCCAAGAAUUUCCUCCCCACGUAACAAUCACCUCAGGAAUCACCCUCCCAGACUCCCAACAAACCCCUCAAGACUGGCUCGACGCCCUCGACUGCUCCCCCUACGCAGCCGAAAAAAACGAAAUAAUCCUCGAACUCCAAACCCUCCAAACCGAAGACCCUUUUUUCCGAAAAUGCAACAUAGCCCUAACAGAAAACUCCAACCUGCACACCUUCGCCGAGAAAUGUCGCGUCGCCGCAGGUUUGAAACCUCGUGAAAAGGGGGAAUAUCGUCCGCAUUUCAGUCUUUUUUACGGAGAUGUAGCGACUAAAGACGUGGAAGCCAAGUUACCGUUGAUUGAAAUGAAGGUUGGGUUUGCGAUUGGGGAUUUGUUUGCUUGUUGUGGAGGGGCGUUGUGUUUAGGGGGGGAAAUGGUUUUGGUUGAUACUAGUCGGCCGAUUACCGCUUGGUGUGAGGCUGUUGUUGCUAAGAGGGAGGUUCCUUUUGUUAUGUGGAGGGCUAGUAAGCAUCUUGCUUGA